GGUGGACUGUGUGGCAGACGUCCGUUCUACCGUCUGCAAUCUGGGAAGCUUACAUUUGUCAAAUAAUUGAGUUGAGUGGGUAGGGUAUUUUGGUCGAAGGACCCAAUUCAAACAGGUUUCAAAAGGAUUGAACAAACCUGUUUUGGUUUCGGGUCGGGCAAAACCCAACAGUUGUACAUAUAAGUAAAAUAGCCCAGUAGGAAAACCCAGUGGGCCAAUAGGGUUUACAAACAAGGCGGGCGGGCGGCUUUGAAAUAUAUGUCCAAUUCCAAUCAUUCAUUCGGUCAUUGGAAUAGGAAUAGGAUUAGGUAUGGAUAUGGAAAAGCAGGAAAGGAGACAAAGUGAUGCAGGGGCUGCUGCUCGGAAGAAGCUGCCGAGCCCAAGGGAAAUGGUGGCACACUACGAGUCAAAAGGGAUGCAACCUCACGAAGCUUCCCUUAAAGUUAUCGAUGAUCUCCAGAAUCUUCUUUUCAAGGUGGUCACCACCAACAAGAAUGCUCCUGCUACAAAGGAACAAGAGUUAGAAAGAACACUUGGGCGUCUUGAAUCCAAGUUAGACUCGAAACCAGGAUUCCCCCAAACUCUAGCUAUUGGUUUCCUCUCCGGAGCCAUCUUCCCUCAACUCGCUAAUAUUUUCAACAACGCUCGUCUUUCCUCCUCCUCCUCUUGAUUUAACUAUUACUAUCUUUCUUUUAUAUUUCUAUCUUAUCAUCAUUAUCAUUGUUAUAUUACUAUUCUGUUAAUUACCAUGUCUUGUUGUACUAACUUUUUAUUUAAGUGCCUUUGUUUGGAUUGGUCGGAUUACCUUAUUUGCAAA